AUGCUGCAGACUCUAUAUGAUUACUUCUGGUGGGAGCGAUUGUGGCUACCUGUGAACCUGACCUGGGCUGACCUGGAGGACCGUGACGGGCGCAUCUAUGCCAAAGCUUCUGACCUUUACAUCACCUUGCCCCUCGCUCUGCUCUUCCUCAUUGUCAGAUACUUCUUUGAGAUUUACGUGGCAACACCGCUGGCUGCCCUCCUAAAUGUGAAGGAGAAGACUCGGCUUCGAGCAUCCCCCAACCCAACUUUGGAGAAUUUCUAUUGUACCAGUGGCAAACACCCCAAACAGGCAGAGGUGGAGCUCUUGUCUCGGCAGAGUGGACUCUCAAGCCGUCAGGUGGAGCGAUGGUUCCGUAGACGCCGAAAUCAGGACCGGCCCAGCCUGCUCAAGAAAUUCCGAGAGGCCAGUUGGAGAUUCACCUUUUAUCUUAUUGCUUUCAUUGCUGGCAUGGCUGUCAUUGUGGAUAAACCUUGGUUCUAUGACAUGAAGGAAGUAUGGAAAGGUUAUCCCAUACAGUCUACCAUCCCUUCCCAGUACUGGUAUUACAUGAUCGAACUCUCCUUCUACUGGUCCCUACUCUUCAGUAUUGCUUCUGAUGUUAAACGGAAGGAUUUUAAAGAGCAGGUGAUCCACCAUGUGGCCACUAUCAUCCUCAUCAGCUUCUCCUGGUUUGCCAACUACAUCCGGGCAGGGACACUCAUCAUGGCUCUCCAUGACUCCUCUGACUACCUGCUAGAGUCAGCCAAGAUGUUUAACUACGCCGGAUGGAAAAACACGUGCAACAAUAUCUUCAUUGUCUUCGCCAUUGUCUUCAUCAUCACUCGCCUCGUCAUCUUACCCUUCUGGAUCCUGCACUGCACACUGGUGUACCCUCUGCAGCUGUAUCCUGCCUUCUUUGGCUAUUACUUCUUCAACUUCAUGAUGGGUGUGCUCCAAGUGCUACAUAUCUUCUGGGCCUACCUCAUCCUUCGAAUGGCCCACAAGUUUGUAACUGGAAAGCUGGUGGAAGAUGAACGCAGUGAUCGGGAAGAGACAGAGAGUUCCGAGGGCGAGGAGGCUGUCACUGGUGGGGGAAUGAAGAGCCAUCAUCUAGCCAAUGGCCACCCUGUCCUUAACAAUAACCACAGAAAAAAUGACUGAGCCUGGGUCCCUAUUGCCUCCCAGCCUGAUUUCAUAAAGCCAAGAAAACACCCCUUCCUACCACAAGGGGAAGACAUCCCUUGGGGAGGGGUCAGAGGUCACCAAAAUCUGAGGGUAGGAGUGAAAGGGUGAGUUUUCUCCCUUUCCCUUUACCCCUCCCUCCAGUUGCCCUUCUUCCUGGUCACCCAGUUGCCUUUAAACCAAACUCCUGUCCAUCUUGUGUGAGGGGGAUUGGUCACAGCCUCUGUUACAGGGGGAGGUUUCCUCCCCCCUCCCUAAGCUGCCUGUCCUGUCAUUCACUUCUGGGACAAACCUUCUCCCCUCCCCCACCCAUAGGCUUGGGUUCCGAGUAAGGGGAACGACUCACAUUCCUUACCGUAGUUUCAGAUCAGGGGCUCCAGAGACAAGAGUCUGUGCCUUACCAUUCCCUUUUUGGGUCUCAUUCUGCCAAAGCUAGACCCUUCUCUUAAUUAUUCCAGGUUCCCUACUAUGGAUGGGGACCAAAGCUGAGCUGCCUAAUCCUCUCUUUCCUCUAACCAGAGACAUCUAGAAAUCGGGUGUCCAAGGGUUAGCAUUACCCUUGCCUUCUCUGCCCCGAGUAAGGCCACCCCCCCCCCCCCCACCCCACCGCCCAGGGCCUCAGCACAAGGAUAUCAUUUUCCCUAGCUGCUCUUGCAGCCUCCUGUACAGGAUCUAGAAUCUUCCCCUCCGUGGCCUUUUCCACUCUCCUCCUCCUUCUCUGUCAGGCUAGCUUGACUGAAGUGGGGCGGCAACUAGUUUUACUUAUUUAUUGUACUUUGGAGUUUUGGUUUUCAGUUUGAAAGCCUGAACUGCAAACAGCCUAGGGAAAGGAGGGUGACAGACAUUUCAGUAGAGAGGACCAUAUCAAACCAUUUUUCAAACCCACAGACCAAAUGUUGUACUGUUUGUGUGUGUGUGUUUUUUUAAUUAAAAUAUAUUAAAGAUUAAAUAAAACAUGGCAAGAGA